AAGCUGUUGACUCAAUCGUUCCGCCGAGUUAUUUUCGACAACUCACAUACUACGUGCGUGUCGUGUUUCGUUCAACGUGCAGCUUCAGCUGGACAGUCCUCGGAUUAAUUUACAAGAUGUCAACCGCGAAGUACAUGAGUGGAUUUUCGGACGCGAUGGAUUGGCGUCCUGUUGAAUUCGUUGACCUUCCUUCUGUUCACUCGUGUUCUUUAUGUCAUGUAGUGCCCAGAGAGACUUUCAUCCCGGCAUGUUCCCACUCGCUCUGUAAUCACUGUUACCAAACAGUUCUCCAAGGCAGCGGACUCUGCCCCUUGGACGGCGAAAUGGUUCUAGAAGAGGAAGUGCAGACACUUACUUUCAAACCGAGUGAUCUUAAGAAACAGAAAAUGCGCUGCUGCAAUUUCCACUAUGGAUGCGACUUCAUUGGGGAUGUGGACGCAGUGAAGGAUCAUUUCUUGAGCGACUGUGCUUUCCAUAUUGCGACGUGCAACAGGUGCAAUACUGCUGUGCCGCGCCGCGAUAUCGUCCAUCAUUACACUGAACAACGAUGUCAGAGGGGGCGUCAGUCAAACUGCGGUGGAAACCCAGUCAGCAGCAACAGGAACAUUCUCGGUAGUGAAAGGAAGGAAGACAUUGCACUGAAAAUUAUGAAAAUGACCUCGCUUGAUCACAUUGCAAGAGGCGCUUAUUCAAUUACAACAGAAAGCGAAUCUUCGUAUUCGCCGCCGUUGUUAUAUGCAGAUCUUUCUCCAAGCCAACCAACCACAACUACAUUUUUGGGACAUCAGGAACAAAGAUCCGUAGAAAGGAAAGAGGUAGCUAAAAAUGUGACGUCGCCGACGACUACUCAUGAAACGCUGAAAGAGGAUAACAGCUCGAUCAGACUGGAAACUGAGAAGAUCAUGAAGGAACUCAACGAAAUACAAGCAAAGCUAGACAGAGCCGAACAUAUUGCAAAGUGUGGAACCAAUGAAGCAUGGUGCCACGUUCAGGGCUUUCAGCAGUUUCAUCAAGAAGCUUUGGACAAUAGAGUGGCUCGUCGCUGGACGGAUGUUUUCGUAGUGUGUGGCUAUUCGGUAAAGCUGAAAUUGGAACUGAGGAGUAUCCGCGGCGAAAUGUACCUUGGACUCUAUCUCAGCAUCUGUAAAAGUUCGAGAGAUUCGAUGCUGAAGUGGCCACUUUUAAAUUCUCACUACUUCGUUCUGUUACACCCAACUGAACCCGAGAAGAACAUGCGAAUGUAUUUGGACAGCACUGAAACUUUGGACAGCACUGAAACGGAUGGUGUUCCGAUUUGUAGGAUGAGGCCCACCACUCCGUGCAACCAGUGUUACGGUGAACAGAAGUUUUGCAGACUCGGCGACAUCAACCGCGGUGGCUAUAUUUGUGAUGACUCGGUCUGUGUCGGCGUCGAGUUGACAGUCGUAGAUGAACCAAUGGACGAAUGGCAAUGGAUGAAUAGGGCAGUUAUGACGUGAAAACACUAGUUUACUUUCCCAGCACUUUACACACCUAGAAGUUGACACUGGCUCGCUGAUUUUAUUCUUGAAUUUAAUAAACUCAUGACUAUUGCGACGCGUU